UACGUCAUCAACCUCAUCACUGCGUGUUCGUCGUCCGAGAAGGAAGGACCUCUGAAAUCUGUGAAAACAGACCGCGGGCUAAUGCAAAACUUAAACAAUACACAGUCUUUACAUCAAAAGUGUCCAUGCAAAGACAAAAUACAACCGGGGAAACCUCCAAACACAUGCGGAACUAACGUGUUGUCGCUGCAGUGUCGCUGCACGGAAGAGUGAAGUUUGUUCCUCUGAGCUGGUAAACAAAGCUAAAGCUGCUAACUACUACAGCAGCUGCGCAGUUUCGUUUCACAGAAAACACCGAGAACAGCCUCACUGACUGACACCAACCAGACUAGUCUGUUUACUUUGACACAGCUGGAUUUACCUGCAAGGAUAUCUAGAUAUCUUGGAGGGAGAGAGAGUGGCAUGGGCCGACUUUACCAAACUUUGAUAGCUGACUGCUGCUAAGCUGCAACAUACCCACACAGAGCCACCAUGAAGAGAAGAGCUGAAGCAGCGUCAGCACCACCGCAGGCGACAAAGAGGCCUCGUGAUGACAGAGCAGACAGCAGCUCAGAUGAAGAGUCGCAAUUAUCCAGACAAGACUCUAGCCAAAAUGAUUCCCUCAGUGACCAGGAGGAUCAAAGACCGGGAUUCUCCAUGCCCUCCAUAUCAUCCUUGGAUGACCAAGACGCUGACCCCUCACAGGCCUCCAAUGAUUUCUCUAUGUACAACACUGUGUCACAGAAACUCAUGGCCAAGAUGGGUUUCCGUGCGGGUGAAGGUCUGGGGAAGCUUGGCCAGGGACGCAAAGAGAUUGUGGAGGCCUCUACCCAGCGAGGGCGAAGGGGUCUCGGUCUCACACUGCAGGGCUUUCAGGGGGAGCUCAAUGUUGACUGGCGGGAUGAACCAGAGCCCACUGCCGAACAGAAAGUAGACUGGUUCCCAGAAUGCACCACAGAGAAUCCAGAUUCAGAUGAGCUGAGGGACUGGAUGAAACUGGGAGACAGAAAACUUAAAAUUGAGGAUGAGACAGAGUUUUGCACUGAAGAUCUCCUGCACACUCUUCUAAGGUGCAAGACAGUAUUUGAUAACCUGGAGGGCGAGGAGAUGAGGAGAGCACGGACACGCUCCAACCCCUACGAGACAAUCAGAGGAGGUAUCUUCCUCAACAGAGCAGCUAUGAAAAUGUCCAACAUCGACCAUUGCUUCGACCAAAUGUUCACCAAUCCAAAGGAUUCACAAGGGAAACCUCUGACAAAGGACCGUGAGGGCGAACUUCUUUACUUCGGGGACGUCUGUGCGGGGCCUGGAGGCUUUUCGGAGUACAUACUGUGGAGGAGGCGUUGGCAUGCCAAGGGGUUUGGCAUGACGCUGAAAGGACCCUGUGAUUUCAAACUGGAAGAUUUCUACGCAGCGCCGAGUGAGCUGUUUGAGCCUUACUAUGGUGAGGGAGGGGUGCAUGGGGACGGAGACAUCACUCGGCCAGAGAACAUGACUGCCUUCCGAAACUUUGUCCUGGAGAGUACAGAGAGAAGAGGGCUGCACUUCCUGAUGGCAGAUGGGGGUUUCUCUGUGGAAGGCCAGGAAAACAUCCAGGAGAUCCUGAGCAAACAGUUGCUGCUCUGUCAGUUCCUCACUGCUCUCUCUACACUCAGGACUGGUGGUCACUUUGUCUGUAAGACUUUUGACCUCUUCACUCCUUUCAGUGUGGGUAUGGUCUACCUGCUCUACCUCUGCUUCGACAGGAUCUCUCUCUUCAAACCCAUCACCAGCAGGCCUGCCAACUCUGAGAGGUACAUAGUGUGUCGUGGUCUGAAGCCCGGCUCAGACGCCGUCAGGGAAUACAUGUUCAGAGUCAACCUGAAACUGAACCUGCUGAGGAACACUGACAAAGACGUCACAGAAGUGGUUCCCCUGAGCAUCAUCAAGGAAGACGCCGACUUCUACCCGUUUAUGGUCAACUCCAAUGAGAGCCUCUGUGUAGUCCAGAUCAAGGCUUUGGCUAAGAUCCACGCCUAUGUCGUAGAACAGACCCUUUCAGAGCCGAGGCAAGCAGCCGUUAGGAAGGAGUGUCUGAAACUGUGGGGGGUCCCAGACAAGGCCAGAGUCACUCCUGCUUCCUCAGACCCAAAGUCAAAAUUCUACGAACUGAUUAAGAACUCAGAUGCGGAGUUGUUCCAGUCUAAGCUCACACCUCUCAACUCCACUACCAUCGAGAAGUUGCGUCAUAUCCUGGACCACAGGUGCAUUGUGGGAGGUGGAGAGCAGAUCUUCCUUCUCGCGCUGGGGAAGUCUCAGAUAUACACCUGGGAUGGGAAGAUGCCUGUGCGCUGGAGGAAACUGGAGAAUUUCAAGCUGGAGCUGCCAAGAGAAACACUUCUGAGUGUGGAGAUCGUCCAAGAGCUGAAGGGCGAGGGAAAAGCUCAGCGGAGAAUCAACGCAGUUCACGUAAUGGAUGCACUAGUACUGAAUGGCACUGAUGUAAGAGAUCAGCACUUCAACCAACGGAUCCAGAUGGCUGAGAAGUUUGUGAAGGCAGUGGCCAAACCCAGCAGACCAGACAUGAACCCCAUCAGAGUGAAGGAGGUUUACAGGCUGGAGGAAAUGGAGAAAAUCUUUGUCCGACUAGAGAUGAAGGUGACGAAGAGUUCAGGAGGAGUCCCACGUCUGUCCUACACCGGCAGAGAUGACCGACACUUCCUUCCCACCGGCCUUUACAUCGUUAAGACUGUCAAUGAGCCGUGGACGAUGGCAUACAGCAAAAACUCCAAGAUGAAGUUCUUCUAUAAUAAGACCACCAAGGACUCCACCUAUGAGAUGCCACCCAACGCUGCCGCCCCCUUCCAUGUUUGCCACGCUGAGCGGCUCUUCUGGGCCUGGGUGGACGGCGUGAUAGUUCACGAUUCUCAGACGCGGAUGGACCCCGGAAAACUGUCCAAAGAUGAUGUUUUGUCCUUCGUCCACCAGAAGCACCAUCCCUGAAACGCUCACAGAGCCCCAGAGCUUCAACAGCUACAACCACAGACAAAGAAUGCACUAACUUGUGGAGGAUAUAGAGCCUUAGAAAAGGUUAUUAUACAAUGCCUUAAUUGAUAUUUAUUGACAGUAAAAGAGGGAUUCAUAAAAUACUGCCAAAUAAAUAAGUUUUUAUGAAUCCCAGAUAAAUAUCAAUUAGCAAACUCUUUUAUAACCAUUGCCAAGGUCCUCUAUAUUAUGUCGCUUAGAGAAAUUAUUACCAGGUUGUAACUGGAGUUCUGAAGCUCAUGUGAUGAAUUGUUCACUGCUAUUUCCUGCAGUGACAUUUGGACUCUGUGUAAGCAACGAACAUUUGACAAACCACUCUGUCUUUCUGCCUUUUUCCACUGCCCUCCUUGGCUCUACGGAUUGUAAUGAAUAGGACUCGCCUCAUAGGACAAUAAGGAGACAAAAAGCUGUUGCCAUGGUCUCUUCAUUGGAUUGCAUGUCCCUGUAGAUACAAGUUUUUACAGUUCCUCGUCCAUACAAUGCUUGUGUGUGCAGGUGUGGGUGCGCAUAUAUCACAUUAGCAAUGACGAGAGAGAUGCAUCUGCGAUUUGGAUAUUGCUAGAUAGAGUUACAAAACUAUGCAUUCAUAUCUGUAAACACACAUUCUCGCCUGCCUUGCUCUACAACUGCCCAUCUCCUCAUCUCCAUAGAGACCAGGAUCUGUUUACCCAGUCCCUUACGCCCCAAAUGGCCCCCUUGUCGUCACUCCUGCAAAACAGUAGCUGAAGCCUAAAUACAACAAACACGUUAUUCAUGUUCAGGUUUAUCCUCGCCAUCGUUUCAACGUUCAUAUCAGUUACAGAUGUAGCAGCUUUUUCCCCCAUUCAUAACUGAUCUGUCACACGUUUGUUUGUGUGUGUGUGUGUGUGUGGGUUAAACAUUUGGAAGGCGUCCUUUUAGGUUUUAGGUUGUUUUUACUCCGGCUCCUCUUUGUGAUUGUGCCUCUUAUUGUCCGGACUAUGUUUUUUCUUAAAUACUGCAAAUGACUUAUUUUUUUCAUAUAAGUUAGCUAUCAAUCCCUAUGAUGUAAAUAAUUAUAAUGUAGUAAAUAAAUGGGAGAUGUUCUUCCCAGAAAUAACUUUCAA